CGCCACUCGUGAUCCGCCCGGUGUCCCGGCAGGUAACAUCAGGAGACUCACCCUGGUAGCCCAUUAUGACAGCAAAAACACCCCAGAGGGGUUUAUUGGCGCAAUCGAUAGUGCAGCUCCAUGUGCUAUUAUCAUGCACGCCGUGCGAAGUAUCGAUGCAGCACUGAGUCGGAAAUGGGACACAUCACCUACGCUACAUACUGCGGAAGGUAUACAGGUUAUCUUCACAGAUGGCGAGGAAGCUCUCGAUCCUCCAGAGAUGUUAUUCGGGGCGCGAUCAUUAGCGGCAGAGUGGGAGGCUACUCGGUAUCCACCAUCCUCUAAAUAUUCAAGUCGGCUAAAGGCCAUCUCCUUAUUCGUCUUGUUGGAUCUUCUUGGGUCGAGGGAGCCAGCGAUUGCGUCGUAUUUCAACACGACACAUGAAGUGUAUAGGCGGGCUGCCGUCCUUGAAAAGCGGUUAAGAGGACUGAAUCAGUUUAAGUCGGGGGGCAUCAGGCCUUGGCUAAUUGAUGGCGAUAGAGAUGAAAUCGGGGUGAACAGGUUUCCUAUCUAUGAUGACCAGGUGCCAUUCCAAGAACGGGGUGUGGAUAUACUACAUUGGAUUGAUGCGAAUCCUGAUACUGGGGAUUUUCCGAAGGUGUGGCAUACUUUGGAUGAUACGGGGGAGAAUUUGGAUCUUGACGUUGUGGAGGACUGGAGUGUCUUGCUGAUUGCAUUUAUUGUUGAAUGGAUGGAGUUGGAGGGUUACAUGACAUGAGCAGGAGAUUACUGUAGAUCAUCACGAUGCUAG